AAAAAUAUAAUUACAAUGUCUGAAAAAAGAUCCGAAAGAUCCUUGUGGGAUAUUGCCAUUGACAUAAGCAAUGAAAUUAAAAAGAGUGAAAAUGGUGAAAAGGUCUCCAAUCAACAAUCAGAAGAGUCAAGUAUUUUAAUUAUUGGCAGUAAAAAAUCAGGAAAAUCUACAAUUGUCCUGAGAUUUCUAGACAAAGAUGAAAAUCCUAAACCCACAGUUGCCCUAGAUUACACCUUUGGAAGAAGAGGAAAAGGCCAUAACAUGCAACGAGAUAUUGGUCAUAUUUGGGAGCUUGGUGGAGGUGCAUUUCUUUCCAAGCUCACCCAGAUUCCCUUGAAAGCUGCAACAAUCAGCUCAACAUCAGUACUCCUUGUUGUCGACUUAUCCAAACCAAAUGAACUUUGGCACACAAUAGAAGUCCUCUUAAAAACCACAAGAGCUACCGUGGACAAGAUGCUGACAGAUUUAAAAACGGCAAAUUCCAGUUUGGUUCAGCAGAUCCAAGACGAAGCCUGGAAACGAUUUGGAGAAAAUCAUGCGGAUAAAUCUUUCCUUAAUCCAUUUCCAAUUCCACUUGGUAUCGUGGGCACCAAGUACGAUAUCUACCAAGAUUUUGAUCCAGAGAAAAGAAAGAUGAUCAGCCGUACACUUCGUUUUAUUGCCCAUAGCAACGGCGCACACCUGCAGUAUUUCAGCUCCAAGGCGGAAGGUUUGAUAACAAGAACAAGAACUUUGUUUGGCAGUUUAUUAUUCCGGGCUGCAGCAAGUAAAGUUGUUUCGACUGACCACAACAAGCCAAUCAUCGUGCCAGCUGGUCAGGACUCCUUUGCAAAUAUCGGUGCACCGCCGGUAUCUACAGAGGAUUUAGCUAAAUUAACUGGGAGACGUCCAUAUGACUUGUGGAAAGCAGCUUAUGCGUCUGUUUUCCCACCGGAAAAUCCGCAAGAAACACUGAAGAACGAAGAUAUUACCCACAAUCCUCAGUAUUCUGAAGCAGCAAUCGAUUCAAUGCGCGCACAAAAGGACGAGGAGCUCGAGAGAUAUAAAAGACAAGCAGAAAGGAAUGCUGCUCAUGGCAAAACAACACAACCUCGAGAAUAAUGAAUCGAGGAAAUGUUUCAAAACCUUCAGUAUUUAAUCCUUAAGAAACUGAAGCAGGCGAUUCCGUCAUUUCCAUGCAUUACAUAUUUUCUCGCAUACAAUGAUAAAAUGAAUCAUCAAAUGAACAAAUAUCGAUGCUGUGCACUCAUGUGAGCAGCAGCAGGAAAAAGGAGAACACUAAAUGCUGAAAACGAAAAGGAGAUGCAACUUUAAAUUGUUUUUUCAUGGCAAGUUGCUAUGCACUAACCGUGUUGCUACGUAUAUAUGCACAUUGAAAAUUGCCGAAUGGAUACUCAAAUUUGUCGGUACUUUGUCUUUGUCUUUGUUCAUAUUAAUAUGUCUUAUAUACAUAUAAACAUUCGUGUAUUUUGUUGACAUGGUUACUACCCGCAUAAGUAAGCAUUUUUUGCCUAAACUUUCGCUGAAUUGUGCCCAGGUAUUACAUAAAAACUACAGUAAAUGCGUUAAGGUUUCCUGUUUAAAGAAACUUUCCUGCAAUGUCAGCUUGCAAGAGUACUUCAAUCUCGUACCCAGGGUCUUUACAUCUUUGUGUUUAGCUCGGAAGGAACUUAACGAAGCUGAAAGACGUACUAUUAUAUAGAAUACUGACAUUCAUAAUGCAAAGAAUAUUAUUUAAACCUAUGCAUUAUUUAUUCAGAUCACGUAUAUAUACCUGCAGCAUGGUAAUUAGCGUUUAAAUAAAUAUAUCAUAUUUGUCAGUAACAAGUGUUGUGUAGGAGGAAUUGUCACGAAAUUAUUGUGCAGUUUAUAUUGAGUGCGACAGUUUCGCAAAUAUAGCCAAC